AUGUCUUCGUCCCGCCAUGCCAUACAAUUCAAGGCUAACCUUGCCGUCGCUGCCGGCGUCAUGACACGGGCAGCAGCUGAGUCACUCGUGCCCCUUCAAGAAGACUUCAUCAGACAAUUCGUGGACCGACUGGAUGAGUCACCGAAGUUUUACAGCGAAACCACAAUCUCAAUUGCUGCACUACGUUACUUCGCAAAGCCGCUCUUCGCAGAAACACACGCUGCGAUCUCCAACGUCGCUGAGACUGACCUGACUACCGCGAUGGGUUGGUUCGUUGGCAAUUGCGUCAAGAAAAUGCUGAGUACUAGCACCAUCUCUUGCAGCAGUCUUCAGUCGGGAAGUAUCGCUGAAGGGUCUGCCGCUGGUGGUACAAUGGUACCGUCAGUGAUGCCACCAACUGCUCUGGUCCCCGAUGACAACUCACGUCCAACGAAGCGUCCUCGUAUCGACCAUACCAAUGAACAGAAGCUCGGCACCACCACCGUUACCGUUUCACAUAGCCUCAGAGCUUCACACGUCCGCGUGUAUGUCACCGAGGAGGAGACCCGUAUGGUGGAUGCGAGUACUCAGUCGGUGCCCGCCACCCAAGAUGAAGAAGACUACCCAUCCAUACUAUUCGAUGGCUUACGUAAGGAAAAACUGGGGCUACUUCGACUAGCGCGUUGGUUCGUCAACGACUACACCUCGCACUCCGCGGAAGAUCCGGACUCUACCCUUUCGUUUCAUGUUGACUGUUUCUUGGACCAUCUCCUGUAUGAUUGGGAUCUCGUCGGAAACUUGGACAAAGACUUGGAUGAAGACUGGAUGGACGAUAAUCGUGAGCGAUUCACAAUGGUGAUCAAAGCCUUAUACUCAUGA